AUCAUCUACUACUUCUCUAACUUCUACAGCCAUCACGAUCAUGUCUGCUAACAUACUAGACCCAUCUGCCGUCGUAGCUGCGCUGCCCAACGUUCUUCCUAGCUCUGAUAAAAAGCUAAAGUCUUCUCAUGAUGGAAUUGUCGCGCUUGUCCACGCAGCUCUCAACCUCUUGCUGUUCAGACUCAUUGCUGUAGAUGAGUCUUCUCCUGCCAGCUCUACCCUUAAUGGAGUAUUGCCCGAGGGUUGGAACCAACACGGUCCUGGGCACUAUACUCUGAGGUACCGUCACGAGCAAAGCAGUCUAGAGUUUGUAAUCAAAGUAUCGAAGCUGGGUAGUCGCACCGUCUUCAAUGCCAUCGCUCUUGAGAGCGAUAAAGCUGCCUCUCUCGACAUCGCUACAGAUGACUUCGUUUCACCAUCAUUCUACCCAUAUGAUGCAAGCGCCACAGACGCUCAGCCCCUCGUUCACGGUUUUAUCUCCUCCAACCGCGUCGCCGACUUCAUCUCUCAGCUCAAGCUUAAGAUCAUCCAAAAGCUGGUGCCAGGUCUCCGUAAAGAAGGCUAUACAGAGGAGUCAGAAUCUGGCACUACCUCCCGUGGCACCAGAACAGAAACCCCACGCCGCGAUGAUCCUCCUCCCGCACGUCCACAGCCAUCGGCCCCUCCCUACGCACCUUACAAUGAUCCCUCUACAUCUCACAUUCCACCCAGCAAUCCUCUCGAAAUCGGUCGUCGCGAUCUCGACCCAUUCCCCAACGCCAGUAAUCCCUUCGCUCCGCCUCCUCUGUUCCCGCUGAGCGGGGGAGAUGGCAUGUUUGUGGGUCCCAAUCAUCCUAUCUUUGGACAAGGGAGACAUGGAAAUGGUAUAAUGCCGAAUAGAGGACCGUGGGGUGGUGAUGGGUUUUUGCCACCGAUGGGAGCGCCUCCUGGGGCGCGGUUCGACCCGGUGGGUCCUGGUUUGGGACCGUUCCCUGGUAGAGGCGGGUUCAACCCAAGAGGCGGACCGCCUGGAGGUGGAAACCUGCGUGAUCCGGACAAUGACGAGUUUAUGCCUCCUGGAGCUGGUGACAUGUACAUGUAAAACAUAUCAAUCUGAAAUUGCUACCUGAGUUAGGCAGAGCAGUGGAAACUUGAAGGGAAAACGUGUAUGGAUGACUUUGUAAUUGUAUACGAUCUGUGCUAGUAACUUGUAGUAACGGUGUCCAUCUCUUUC